CAAACCGAAUUCCUCCGUAUGUACGGACCUGACCGGACUCUUAAUAUGGCGGCUCCCACAACAAGACACAGAGCUUGGGAGACGCCAUCUUGCCUCCUGAACAAAGCCGCCGAGGAUGCGGAGUGGGCAAAACCGCCCAGUACGGCACGGCGCAGGCUCGGGAGUCCCGCGCUGCACUCUCCCAGACAGGAAGCGGGAGAGUUCGCCAGUAUGGCUGUGACAGCUGUCCCGGUUAAAGCGGUGAUGGGCGUUUCGGGAUCUGAUAACAGAGCCGCAAGUCGGAAGGCGGGUAUGUGCGAUCAGUUUUGACAACACCUGGAAUACUCCAUAUAAAGCAGUCUUCCUGUCAUGGGAGCAUUCAGUUCCUGUGAACCAGUUCAGUCUUGUCUGAAUGACUCCUCCUGGGACUGAGAAAAAUUGACAAGGCAUCUGCCCUUUUAGAAGAGAGCAGAAAAUGAUGAAGUCCCAGGGCUUAGUAUCAUUCAAGGAUGUGGCUGUGGAUUUUACCCAAGAGGAGUGGCAGCAACUGGACCCUGCUCAGAGGACCCUGUACAGGGAUGUGAUGCUAGAGAACUUCAGCCACCUGGUCUCAAUAGGAUAUGCAGUUUCCAAACCAGAUGUCAUCUCUAAGUUGGAGCAAGGAGAAGAUCCAUGGAUCAUAAAGAGAGACAUACCAAAUUGGAUCUAUCCAGAUGAAAAUCAGGCAGAUGAGAGACAAGACAGGAAAAGUAACCUUGACAACCCCAAAUCAUGUAUUUUGGGGUCUGUUUCCUUCCAUAAUAAUAUCCUGAAAGGAGUCACAAAGGAUGGUUCAUUGUACUCCAUCUUAAAUGUCUGUCAAGAUGGUGGCCAGCUGCAGAGAUGUCAGGAAAACCAAGACAAGCUUUUCAGGCAAGUAACAGUCAUCAACAACAAAACAGUGACUGUGGAGUCAGGCCAUAAAUAUAAUGCAUUGGGAAAAAUAUUUCACAAGUGCAUAGAGCCAGAUACUUUAAGACAAAGAUCCCAUAGCUAUGAUGUAUUUAAAAAGAACUUGAAAUAUAAUAUUGACCUACGUAGUUGUAAUAAGAGCAAUUCAAGAAAAAACCCUGAUGAGAGUUUUGGAUGUGGAAAAUCAUCUAGCCAUGGUGCAUCUGAUUCUAAUCUUGAGAAAAUUCACAAUGGAGUAAUGCCCUGUAAUAAUAAUCAGUGUGGAAACAUUUUUAGUAGUAAACAAUCGUUUAUUCAGUAUCAGAAUGUUGAAACUAAGGAGAAAACCUGUGUAUGUAUUACAUGUGGAAAAGCCUUUGCUAAGAAGUCACAGCUCAUUGUACAUCAACGAAUUCAUACUGGAAAGAAACCAUAUGAUUGUGGUGCAUGUGGGAAAGCCUUCAGUGAGAAGUUUCAUCUCAUCGUACAUCAGAGAACUCAUACUGGGGAGAAACCUUAUGAAUGUUCUGAAUGUGGAAAAGCCUUUUCUCAAAAAUCUUCGCUCAUUAUACAUCAGAGAGUUCACACUGGGGAAAAACCAUAUGAGUGUAGUGAAUGUGGGAAAGCCUUCUCCCAGAAAUCACCCCUCAUUAUACACCAGAGAAUUCACACUGGAGAGAAACCUUAUGAAUGUAGAGAAUGUGGGAAGGCCUUCUCCCAGAAGUCACAGCUGAUUAUACAUCAUAGAGCUCAUACUGGAGAGAAGCCAUAUGAAUGUACUGAAUGUGGGAAAGCCUUCUGUGAGAAGUCCCACCUCAUUAUACAUAAAAGAAUUCACACUGGGGAGAAACCCUACAAAUGUGCUCAGUGUGAGGAGGCCUUCAGCAGGAAGACAGAACUCAUUACACAUCAGUUAAUUCAUACUGGGGAGAAACCUUAUGAAUGUACUGAAUGUGGAAAGACCUUCUCCAGGAAGUCACAGCUCAUCAUACAUCAGAGAACGCAUACUGGAGAAAAACCCUAUAAAUGCAGUGAAUGCGGAAAAGCCUUCUGUCAGAAAUCACAUCUCAUUGGACAUCAGAGAAUUCACACAGGAGAAAAACCUUAUAUAUGCAGUGAAUGUGGGAAAGCCUUCUCUCAGAAGUCCCACCUCCCAGGACAUCAGCGCAUUCAUACAGGAGAGAAACCUUACGUAUGUGCUGAAUGUGGAAAGGCCUUUUCCCAGAAGUCAGACCUUGUUUUACAUCAGAGAAUUCAUACUGGGGAAAGACCGUAUCGGUGUGCUGUAUGUGGGAAAGCAUUCAUUCAGAAGUCACAACUCACUGUACACCAGAGAAUUCAUAACGGUGGUAAAAUCAUAAUGAACUGAACACAGAAAAGCCUUCUCAGUAUUAGCUCAAGCCUUAAUAAAUACUAGGAAGCUAAUUGAUUUUAUAUUUAUGGGACAUCUUUAUAGAUAAAAUUUUACAAGAGAAUUCAUGUCUGUAGUGUGGUGAUACCUAGCUCAGCAAAGAUAAUGGAAAAUAAUCAUAAAUGAAGAACAUUUUCAAUGUGGUGUGUAAAACUUUUAUAGUUAUGGUCAGUAGAACAAAUUAUGUAUAUAGAAUAUUGUCAAGUUACAUAUUCUUUAUUAUGCCACAUUAACAAUAACCAGACAUUGUGAAAUUGCUAAUAUUAGCUUGGUGUAAUUUUGGCCAUACAGUCAUUCCCAAUAAAGGACAUGAAGAAAUCGUGGAUUAAAAAAAAAAAAUCAGGGGCGCCUGGGUGGCACAGUCAUUGGGUGUCUGCCUUCGGCUCAGGGCGUGAUCCCGGUGCUCUGGGAUCGAGCCCCCCAUCAUGCUCCUCCGCUGGGAGCCUGCUUCUUCCUCUCCCACUCCCCCUGCUUGUGUUCCCUCUCUCACUGGCUAUCUCUCUCUGUCAAAUAAAAAAUCUUUAAAAAAAAAAUCAAUUCCUAGAAAUUACAUCAUAAGGAGGGGCUUAGCAUGACCCCUAAAGAUAUAUGGAAAAUUCUUGUACAAAGAUGGAAAUAUGGGUGGAUGAGAUUCAGUACAGGUGAUGUUUAUGCAUUUUCUCAUCUCAAGCAUGUAAGUUGACCUGUCUCUCUGGAAGGAUCCUGGACCUUGAAAUUGAUGCACGUUGACCAGAUCUCCCAUUUAUUCUUCCUCACUGAGAGUUUGGUAUUAUGGAAAUGGUUUGGUACUGAGCCAGAUGGUCUUGUUUUAAUCCUGCUCAGCUACUCACAGAUUGUGUGACUUCAAGCAAGCCUAUUUCACCCAUCUGAAUAUUUUUUAUCAUUAAAAAAAAAAGUACAAUGUAGAGCACGUUUUCAGUUAAUAUUAGUUCUUUUUAACUUUCUUCUCUAUCCUCUGGCAAGUAGAUGCUAAGACUAAUGUGUAAAAGUUACAUCUAAACUCACUUUGCAUUUCAGACACUCUGCUUCUGAUAUCCCCUUCCCAUGACUGUUCAUUUUACUGUCUUUGACCCUGGUGGCCUUGAUUCUUGGUAUGUUCAAGUGACAUUUUAUUAUACUUUUGUUAUUUUUUACAUACGUUUAUAUAAACUGUGGUGAUUGCACAUAAAGACCCUGUCUAAUGUCUC